AUGAGCACAAGUCAGAAGGAAGAUCAUCUGCUGAAACUGCAGGCCAGGGAGGAGCUUGAGACCAGCAGUGAGCGCUUCCUGUUGGCUGCACUGAUCUUAGCAGGUGGCACCUGUGUAGUCUGCGAGAACAUCCGGCCCACCCAAGAGAUCGAGGACAAGAAGAAGAAGGGCCGGGGGUGCUCCCUGCAGUACCAGCACGCCGCCGUGCACAUCCUCACCCAGUUCGUGGCGGAGGCGCCUGACUCGGGUCAGCUGAGCUACAUGCUGGGCCCCGACUGGCAGUUCGACAUCACUGACCUCGUGGCCGAGUUCACGAAGGUGGAGGAGCUGAGGCUCGCGCAGCUCCUGGGCGGCAGGACCCUGGUGGGCCGGGAGCCGGGGAUAACCACUUUGAAGGUGCUCCCACCUCUGUCCGACUCCAUCCUGGCUGAGAAGACAGUGAUGGUGCUGGAUGACCGCAUCACCAUCGCCGACCUGGGCGUGCAGCUGGUGGCCGGCCUGUCUCUUGCCCUGCAGCCUCACAGAGCGGACAAGAGGGCUAUUGUCUCGACGGUGUCUGCCCAGGACGUCCUCCAGGCCCCGCAGCAGUACUUUAAUUUCAUUUUUCUUAGUUGUUGGAUUUCGGUCGGUGAUGGUUUGGUGACACCCUUAGACAUUUAUGAUCCCAAGGAUUUUUCAGUUACUAUGUCAUCAUUGGAUGAAAUGGUGGUGUCUGUCCAAGCAAACCUUCAGUCCAGAUGGCCAAUUGUGGUCACACAGGGUGAAGGGCAAGGGCCCUUGAUUAAAUUAAAAAUGAUGAUUAGUGAGCCCUGUCAGAAGACCAAGAGGAAGAGUAUUCUUGCCGUGGGUAAAGAAAACGUCAAGGUCAGGUUUGAACCAAAUAUUGAUGAGCACCAAGGAGGCACCAACAAUAUUGAGGGCAUCAGUCGGGAAUACAAAGACCAUCUCAGUAAUUCCAUAGAGCGUGAAGGAAACCAGGAGAGAGCAGGUCAGGAGUGGUUCCAACAUGGCACCUCUGUUGGCCAAGAGGAACGUAGCAACAAAAGCACAACCCCACAGUCUUCCCAGGAAGGAAAGGAUGAGAAAUCACUCAAGAGUGGCAGUCCAGACGCGUGCACAGGCUUCUCCACUCAAGGGAAGUUACCGGAACCCAAUAAUCCCAGUGACCUGACAGUGACCUCCAGGGGGUUAAGUGACUUGGAGAUCGGCAUGUACGCUCUGCUCUGUGUCUUCUGCCUGGCCAUUUUGGUCUUCUUGAUCAGCUGUGUGGCCUUUGCUUGGAAAUAUAGACACAAAAGAUUCGCCGUGAGCGAGCAAGGCAACAUCCCCCAUUCCCAUGACUGGGUCUGGCUUGGGAAUGAAGUAGAACUUCUGGAGAACCCCGUGGACAUCACCCUCCCGUCGGAGGAGUGCACGACCAUGAUAGACAGGGGCCUGCAGUUCGAGGAGAGGAACUUCCUUCUCAACGGCGGUUCCCAGAAGACUUUCCAUAGUCAACUGCUCAGACCCUCUGACUAUGUCUAUGAGAAAGACCUUAAAAGUGAGCCUAUAAAUCCAUCGGGCCCAAAGCGGAAGCGAGUCAAGUUUACUUCCUACACCACCAUCCUCCCGGAGGACGGCGGCCCGUACACCAACUCCAUCCUGUUUGACAGUGAGGACAACAUCAAGUGGGUCUGUCAGGACGUGGGGCUGGGGGGUCCCCGGGACCUUAGAGACUAUAUGGAAAGCCUGCAAGACCACAUGUGAACUCCUUUCUUACGUUUGUAUUCACCUUUAUGCCUUCUGUUUUUUUGAACGGUGGAGCAGUGAGUUUGUUCAGCAAUAGGGGAUGAUUUAACAAAGCUUCAAUUUGGGGCGGUCUGGGGCAGGGGAUCCCUUUCUGAGCAGGUGUCAGAGGCCUGGAGAGCUAUAGCAGCUGGGUUAUAAGCCGGGGUGUGAUAUACCUCUAGGUCAAUUACAAGGAGAUACUGGGAACCUCCUGGGACAACAUUUUUACCCACUUUCUGGGACCGGCUCAGUAAUAAUACAAGAACCCAGAACUCAUGAAUGUUACUCGUUGCCUCAGGGCAAACGGCCACUGGGAGUUGGAAAGAAUUUGGGAGUUGAUAUUUCUAUUCUUAGGUCUUUGUAAAGCACAGUGGACAUUACUUGGCCACAACCUGAAAGUAGACAUAUGCAAACAAUAACUGAAUAUAGCCCUUAUUUUCAACGAGCACUGCUCUUGAUGCAUGUAUGCAAAGGGCUGGGACUGAAGUGUGGCUGGAUGCCAGGAGCAUGCACUGCACAACAAUGACAGUGAAUGCCUCAUUAAAUUCUGUGCCCUGGGCUCCUCAUUCCCCUCACCCUACUUCCUGCCCUGUGUGUGUUUUGAAACUAGUUUCUUUGGCUUCCGGACUUCUUUUAUAAACAUGAGUAGGGGGGAAAAAUUAGUCCUGUCUUCAAGGUCUGUUUGAUUGUGGUACAAGUUUUAUCGCCCGGGAUUUGUCACAUCUUGCCCUUUACUGAGUGUCCAUGCUGGAUGUCGGUUUUCUCCACGUGUCAUCACAUCACUGUUCAGGGGCAGUAUGUACAUUCAUACCCGUACUUUAUCUGUCCUGGUUUUCCUUACUGAAAUGUCUUGUAUUUGAAUUGGACAUGAGGUUUUACUUAAUACAAGAGUUCAAUAA